AUGUCUGAACCUAUCAAGAAAAAGAACGGUGAUAUUUCCAAAGCACCCACCCCACAAAAUACACCUGCUUCCGUCACCAACUCAUAUUUGAAAUCGCAGCCACCAACAGUGCCAACGAUUGAAGAAGGCAAUGAAAACAAGAUUAAUCAAACUUUGGCUAAUAAUCCAGUGUUGUUAUCUAUGAUUCAAGGAAAAUUGGGUGAUUUGGUGGGUAAGAAUAGUGGCUAUGUUGCUAAUUUGCCUCAAGCUGUCAAGAAUAGGGUUUAUGGUUUGAAAUCUAUACAACAGCAACAAAUGAAACUAGAGGCUGAGUUUCAAAAGGAAUUGUUGGAGUUGGAAAAGAGGUAUUUUAAGAAGUAUGAACCACUCUAUGCCAAGAGGAAGCAAGUUAUUGUUGGAGAUGUUGAACCUACUGAGCAAGAAAUUGAAGAAGGAAAAUCCCUUGAAGAGAAGGAUGAAGAAGAAGAGGAGGGCGAUGAGGAUGACGAAAACAAAGAAGAACAAGAGGAGGAAGAAUCAGCAGUGGGUAAAGAUGCCAAAGGUAUUCCUGGAUUCUGGUUGACUGCUUUAGAAAACUUAUCCACAGUUUCCGAAACCAUCACCGAUAGAGACUCAGAAGUAUUGGAACAUUUAAUUGACAUUCGUAUGCAAUACUUGUCAACACCAGGAUUUGAAUUAAUUUUUGAAUUUGGUGACAAUGAACAUUUGUCCAAUACCACAUUGACCAAGACAUACCACUAUCAAGCUGAAUUGGGAUAUAGUGGAGAUUUCGUUUAUGAUCAUGCUACUGGAUGUGAAAUCAAUUGGAAGUCAAAGGAGAAAAAUCCAACCAUCAAUAUUGAAAGGAGAAAGCAAAGAAAUAAGACAACUAAACAAACAAGAACUAUUGAGAAAAUUACCCCAACUGAAUCGUUUUUCAACUUUUUUGAUCCACCAAAACCACCAAAAGUUGAAAAAGGCGAGGACAAUGAAGAUGCUGAAGAUAAUGGUGAAGAGGGCAACGACAACGAUGAUGAAGAAGAAGAAGAAGACGAGGAGUUAGAAGCUAGAUUGGAAUUGGAUUACCAAUUGGGUGAAGAAAUCAAAGAUCGUUUGAUCCCCAGAGCAGUUGAUUGGUUUACCGGUGAUGCAGUUGACUUUGCUUAUCCUGACGAAUUCGAUGGCGAUGAAGAAGGUGAAUAUUCGGAUGAAGAUGGAGAAGAUGAUGACGAUGACGAUGACGAAGAUGAAGAUGGAGAAAAUGGUCAAGACGGUCAAGGUGAGAAACAACCACCAGCUGAAUGCAAGCAACAAUAA